AAUUGAGAUCCUUUAAACUCUUUUUCAAAUCCAUAUUCUCUUUCAUACCAUGCGCCCCCUACAUGGCCCAUAAUAAAAACCAGUACAAACUAUAAAACCAUUCACUCAUUUCACUGCCAUCACUCUAUGACAGCAAUACACUCUUAUCCUCCACUACUUUCCUCCCUCUCCCCCUAAUUAAUAUAAAUUCUUGGGUAGGCUUUUAGGCCAUUCUCCAUUACUGUAGAAUCAUAUCUUCUUCGAAAUUAACCAUACUCAUACACAUACCCUUUCCCCUUUAAUCAGAUCCUGAAGUUGAAGCCAGUGUACAUUCACAAAAUGGCUCCACGUGUGUACAUUGGUUUCAGGCAGGUACUCUUUCUUUCUGUUCUGUUGCUCCUUUUUGCCUCAAUUUGUUUCAGUGAGCCUCAAUCCAAAGCUCUAUCUAGUGAUAACAGUGGUAGUAGCAUGAGAAGAAGAAUGUUAUUGGAAUCUGAUUCAGAACAAGAAGAGGAGUCCUAUGAGCCACCCUUGAAAAAGAAACCCACCACCACCACCAAGCUAACUAAAACCAAAAACGACGGCGUUGGUUCCUUCAAGAACCAAACCAAAACCAUCAAAUCCAAUAUCAACAAGAAGAAUCAAACCAAGAUAGCCAAAACCACCGUCACCGACACUUCCCUCAAGAAGCUCAACUCCACCACACUCAAAAUCAAGAAGAAGAAGCUCAACUCCACGUCAAAAUCCUCUGCUUCUUUAUAUCUUUCAUCUCAAACUAAAGAAUCGUUGGAUCCAUUAAAAUCAAGCUCCUCCAAGAACAAAACGACAAAAACCACCGGCACCACUAAGAUAAACCCUGAUCAGAUCCAAAAUCCAAAAAAAUCCAGCAGCAACAAAACCAAGAAACAAUCACAAGCCAGUAACAACGACGAUUGGGUUUUCGAUCAGGAGGAAAAUCAAAAUGACGAAUUAGCCCUCUCCGAUUUCAAAGAUCUACCAAUCAAGUUCCAACAAACACUCCUCCCAGACCUUGAAAGAAUCUCAACGACCUCAAAGCUUUACAUCACGAAAGCGAACAAAGAAAUCACCAAGGGCUUCAAACCCUACGUUGGGAACAAGUACGCACCCACCAUAGCCACGUUGCUAUCAUGCGCCUUCGUUCUUAUCCCAUUGCUUCUCGUGUCUCUCCUCUUCAACAAGAUCAAAACCUAUUUCUCUCUCCAGAAACUCUUGAUCUUCAUCCAAGCCUAUCUCUCGAUCUACUUCUUCAUUCUCUGUCUUUCCUCCAUUGUUACCGGUCUUGAGCCGUUGAGGUUUUUCUACGCUACUUCGCGGUCCACGUACGUGUGCCUGCAGGUUCUUCAGACGCUGGCUUAUGUAUUCUACCUCCUCCUGUUGGUGAUGUACCUUGUUCUCGUGUUUUCUACUGACUGUGGCCUGGGCUCCAGGCUAUUGGGCCUGGCCCAAACGUUUGUGGGCUUUUCAGUGGGCCUGCAUUACUACAUGACGGUGUUUCAUAGGGUCGUGCUGCGGCAGGCGCCAAGGACUAAUUGGAAGGUUCAUGGGAUUUAUGCCACGUGUUUCUUUCUGAUUUGUUUGGUGGCCAGGGCUGAGACGAGGAAGAAGACUUACUUGGAAGAAGGUGGGGAAGAAGGGAAGGAAAAUUAGAUUAAAUUUCAAAAAAUUUAAUUACAGCUUAUACUUUAUAUUUAUAUACAACGUUGAUUAAUUAAAACAAAAAUUGACGUUGCAAAUUAUUUAAUCAUAGCUGCAAAAACCGAAGUUGUUACUCAUAAUGUAUAAUAAUGUAAUGCCGCAAGGCUUUAAUUUUUUGGGCUUCUAUA